AUGGCAGGCCCAAUCGACGAUCAUAGGUCUUACAUGAGCAAAUUGAAUCCGUGGAGCAGGAGUCCUAGCAUACCAGUGAGCAAAGGGAAAGAUGGAGAGCCUCCUGUAGCACCAUUCCAAGAGCAAAAAGGAGCGGAUCAUACCAUAAGCCGCAAGCAUAGGCUAAGUUUGCGGCAUUACCCAAAGGACUGCCCGCGCCUACGGCCGCAGUGGUUUCAUGCUGUUGAUGUUCCAAAGAGGCGGCCAAAUCCAGCAGGUGAGACCAAAGAAGAGAAGCCGGCUGGCAUACCAAAGAAGUACGUCGCAUUUUCCACACGAGACUCCAAGGCGAUCGAAGCUGCCUUCCAAAAGCUGUUGGAAAGUGAGGAUGUCGAAGAAAAGUCGAAGCUCGAACAGCAGCGUGGGCACGGCCAACAGACGAAUCAUGGGGGUAAAGGUAGCGAUGCGCGACAUCAGCCACAACCUAAAGUCCCUGUGAACGAGGACUAUCUGUUCGACGUAAACGUCGAGAAUCGCGAACUUGCCCCAGCAUAUUGGCUCGGUCCUGUCUAUGAUGUUCGACGUGGCAUAUGGUUCUAUCAGGACGGCAGCGUCCAAAGGCCCUGCGAUGAGAGCUUAGCGGCACAGCUUGAAGAAGGGUACUUGAAGGUGAAGGCUUGGCGGCUGCCAACUGCUCAAGCAGCACAAGCCAAAGCACGUUCUGCUUCACAGCCACGCGCUCGGCCAGCAUCCUGGGCACCGGGGCAGGAUGAGAACCCACCUGCACCACAAACUGUCUCCGCAAAGCAAUCAAGUGCUGACCUAAGGAAGGCUGCUGAGAAACAGGCGCAGCAGCAGACGCAGGCGCCUCAGGGUGAGGUAACCUCUCAAAGUCAGCCCGAGAACACGUAUCGCUUGUUUGGUGCGCAUAUGAGCUCAGUCGUUACCUACCAGGAUGCGACGACCGCGUGGCUGAUGACCGACGACUUCUUGUCGAGACUCAGCGGGCCGCUCUACUCCCGUUUUGCCGGGGGCGGGCACUUCGCAGGAACGAAGCUGACUCGAGGGUUUGCCCUCCCCACCAAAAAGGCAGAGGAUAAGGGACCGGAAAGCAAGAGCACUGCUGAAAAGCCAGCCGAAGAACAGGGAGAGGAUCUCGACGAAAGCAAAGCCGAGCGGCCAAGUCUAUCAGAGACCAAGCGGGAAACUCUGAAGCGCCAGAUGUCCUCGCUGUUAGAAAGCGGCACGAAUGAAGACAAGGAGCAGCAAGACGAAGAAGUUCGAAAACGAGACGAGCGGGAGAUCGAGGACGACUAUCGAGAUACAGAGGAAGAUGACCAAGGCCGUGACAUCGAGCACCUCAUGUUGGUUACACAUGGCAUCGGUCAGCGGCUUGGAUUACGCUUGGAAAGUGUUAAUUUUGUACACGACGUCAACACACUUCGAAAAACACUAAAGGCUGUAUAUGCCGACUCGCCGGAUCUACGUGCCCUCAACGCUGAGCUGGACGACUCCGAAGCAGUGAAUAGCCGCGUUCAGGUCCUCCCGAUUUGCUGGCGACAUCUACUGGACUUUCCCAAACAGAGUUUGCGGCACAAUCGCAGAGAACACGAUCUGGGGGAUACUGAUGUUGACGACGAAGACUAUCCAAGUCUUGAAGACAUCACUGUCGAAGGUGUGCCUGCGGUUCGCAAUCUGAUCACCGACCUUGCGCUAGAUAUCCUCUUGUAUGACUCGCCAGCAUACAAGGACCACAUCUCGGGUAUCGUGCUGCGAGAGAUCAACAGGAUAUAUCACCUCUUCAUGGACCGGAAUCCAAAUUUCAAUGGAAAGAUCAGCUUCAUUGGACACUCCCUGGGGUCUGCAAUAAUGUUUGACAUAUUGUGUCGGCAGGAUCAGCCAGCGAAGAUCCGACGAUCAGGUCAAUCUAUGAACCUUGACUUCCCUGUCGAGGAUUUCUAUGCUCUUGGCUCACCUAUCGGGCUUUUCCAAAUGUUGGGUGGUCGCACCAUUGCAGCGAGAGCCACACCUGAAAGCCGCGCCCGUGCUGGGAGCUCUGUAGGCAGCAUGGACGAUCCUAUGCUAGGAACACCUUCUACGAGAAAGCAGAAGGAUCUACAUCCUGUCCAUGUCCAAGGCGAGAAUCCAGUCUCGCGGCCAAAAUGCGCUCAGAUAUUCAACAUCUUCCAUCCUACGGACCCGAUAUCGUAUCGAGUCGAGCCGUUAAUCUCAUCUUCAAUGGCCACACUAAAGCCGCAGCCGCUUCCCUACACUAAGCGCGGCAUAUUUGGCGCGCCUGUCGGGCAGGGUUUUACCGGAAUCGGUGCACGUGUCGGCCAGAGUGUUAGCAGCAUGUGGUCGAGCGUAGCAUCAAGCCUACUCACCCGCGGCUUGGGAUAUGCCAAUGAGCCCUCGAGGCUUCCAGGAGGCGGUGGCGCCAGCAGGAGCACAGCACCCUUAUCUUUAGGUGGAGCCUCUUCCGCCGCUGGUACCAGUGUUGCAGGCGGAGUCGCCGGUGCAGUCGCACCGCUACCAGCAGAAGGUACGGAGAUCGCCAAAGUUGGCGAAGAGAAGAGGACCAACAUGGCCGCCGAUGCUCAAGUCGCAAGCGAGAAGAGACUGCACCCACCGACCCUCAUUGAUAAUGAAAUCGAGACUCUUUCUGGUGAUUUUGAGAAGAGGAGACAGUCUUUCCAGAGCGAUGCGGAGACUCGAGAUCUUGGUGGGACUGUCAGAGGCACAGAAGAGUGGCUUGAAGCUGAGAAGCGUGGGAAGAUGCUCAGGAAGGAAGAAGAGAAGGUGCGAAUGUUGAACAGCAACGGCCGUGUCGACUAUGCAAUUCAGGAAGGCGCCUUCGACAUCAACCUGAUCGCCGCCAUCGCGAGUCACCUUUCGUACUGGAGCGAUGAAGAUGUCAGCCACUUCAUGAUAUCACAAUUGCUGAGUCGACAUCGCAUUGUGAGACCUAGAGCGGAGUCUGGCGGCAAGACGAACAUCAAACAAUAA